AACACUUAUGAGAAAUCAGAACUUAUCAACCUCAGAUUUAAGUAAAGCUAAAUCUAAAUACACAUGUAUUUUUUUAUUUGUAUGAGAACUAUAAAGUUUGAUCCUUGUUUUUUUUUUUUGCUUCAUAAAUCUGAACUUUGGAUGGAGGAACUGAAGAACUAAGAAAGACACGGUUUAUCACAUGGUUAUGAAAAAUGUUCACCUACUUUUCACAUGAACUGUUCGCUGAAUUAUGCUGUGUGAUUCAGGUGUAAUAUUUAGGUCGUGAUAAGAAGGGUUGGGGUACAGUCAUAAUUUAAGAAUACGCCCCCUUUCAGUUAAUGAAUUUGAAUUUGAAUGGAAUUAGCGACACUCCACAGAAUGCUGAAUUGUAAUUGGAAUGACAGAAAGAGGAAUUUACUGAAUUUGAAUUUAAAUUCAACUGGUAAAAGUCACUCAGCUAGCAAUUUCACUAGUGCAGAUUGAGGACAAACCAUAAACAAUGUACUUAUUAAUUCUGACGAAUUAUGUCCAUUGCCCCAUGAUAUAUUUACAUACACUUUUCAACCGAUACUACAUCUAGACAUUUUUUAGUUCAAUGCUGUCACAUUAGCACAGCCAUCAAAACAGCACUGCACUGUUCAGCCAACUUUUUAUAACAUAAAUAUUGGCACCCAAAAAAAAAAAUUAUUAUGCCAAACAAUUUUAAACUCCCCAUGUUACAUAAAAUUCUAAUUAAUUUAUUAAAUGUAAUGAAAUUUAAAUGACUAAUAAGUACAAAUGUCUAUUGGUGAUAUGUCAGACAUUAAAUGUUUCUGGAUAAAAAGCAUAUGUUGUGUACAAGAUUAAUUGUGUUUAUUUUUUUUUCACAUUCUAUGCAAAUUAAAAUACAUAUUACAAUUCUGCAUCUGGUUUGCUACCUAAAUUAAAAUUCAGAAAUUUAUUAUAUAUUACUCAUUUCUAGUCAACAUGUAAAAAAAUUCAACUAAACACAUGGUGAACACAAGGAGAGGUUUAAAAGUUUAUGAAUCAUACGAUCGAAAAUAAUCAGACCACAACAAAAUUAUUUCCAACUCUUUCAAUCUCAUCUUUAUGAAGUUUGUGUGUUAAACAACAUCUUACUGGAAUGAAGUUCAUGCCAACACAGUUAAAAUAAUCAGAAUUUUUCCCACAAAGUACAAACAGAUCUUUUGGUUGUUAUUAUAUACAACAAUAACGAUUAUUAUAUUAAUUAAAUUUAAAUUUCAAGAAAUGCAUAUCAUGCAGGAACUUCUUUUAUUGGCCACAGAUGCUCUGUAUACUGGAAUUUGCCAUAAUACUUUUACAAUCCUUUUCUAUUGAACUCCCUGACAUUUGCAUUACUUUGAUAGUUACGUAACCUUUUAUAACCAUCCAUAUUUUAUAUCCAUGCAGAGGAAGGAUGCUCACACAAAUGUGAAGUCUUUUGAGCAGUAUGCAAAAGUUUACUGAAUGGAAUCUGAUUAAAAACUACAUAUACAUAUAUCUCUUAGUGAGUGUUCAGUGAAUCUGUAAAUGAACGUGGAAUUAUACUCAAUGCGUGAGUGUAUUCACUUUCUUUAUUCCUGGCAUCAUGCCAUUUUGACUACUGUCUGAAUCAUUGCUGGGAAAGACUCAUAUCUCAUCACGUAGCUUUCUUCGGCAUCAUGACAGUAAUAAUUCAGGUCCAAAGUUCAGACUAUGCAGGCAAUGAACUAAAACAAGGGUUGAGAGAGUGCCAGCCUUCAGUUUCACCAGACAGCUCCAGCAUUCACCUGCCUCCCCAGCACUUCAACUUAGGAGAACAGUCAAAGCCUUACAAGAUGAAGAGCAUCCUGAAGGACAAAAAAGUGCCCAAAAUGCAGAGUAACUCAAUUGGGGCCGUGCGCUGGACGCUACCAGAGGAAUCUUCUCAGGUCCACAGUUCUGCGCCCACCAGCCACUUCAAGAGCAGUGGCGGAUUUUCUACCCGUUCACAGCAAAGACAACGUCAGCAGGGCCUGCAGGACCUCCGUAGCUUGGAUGAGUGCAUCAGAUUCAUCAACCACUGGAAGCAACAGGUGGCACAAGUUUGUAAGAAUGAGGAUGAUCCCGGUGAAGGGUGCAGCAGACCGCCAGAGCAGCCGACAGACCGCAGAACUGAGCGCAGUAUUGAAGAAAGCCGCAAGCUUAUUCUGCAGUGGGCCAAUGAACUUCAAAGUGUAGACAAGCUGUCUAAAAAGCAUUCAUGGAUGAAGGAAAGGAUUGAUCAGGAGGAGGAAGAUGACACAAAGCAGGAUAAAGAUCAGCGUGAGGUGGUGCAGAAGAGGAUAACGGAGUGGGCCAAAGAGAUUCAGAGUGUAUCAGAGAGCCAUGGAAUGCUGGGAGAUGAGCUGAUACAGAUGUUGCGUCUCCUGGGACUGAGGAAGAAGAGGCUGGUUUCCCUCAUGCCACUGCUGGAGUUCAUAACUUGGAGUUUUUUGAAGGAAGACAGCAAGGGCAUGAUUCCUCAUCUGUGGCUUUCAGCUAAGCAGCGUACCUGGAAAGCUGGCAUGCCACGCUACAUCCCUAAUUCAGUCUGGAGCUGGAUUGUCAGUGCAGGAGCUGAUGUAAGUCUUGAUCCCAAGACCAUCAACCCUUGGCUGCAGCUCUCUGAUGACCACAAGAAGGUUCAGGAGGGUCUAACAGAGGCUGAUCUGCCAUAUAGCCCUCAGCGUUUUGAUAGCUUGCCUUGCGUCCUAGGCUGGGAGGGUUACAUGAAUGGUCGCCAUUACUGGGAAGUGGAAUUUGCAAACAAUGGUUAUUGGAAAGUUGGAGUGACAACUGCUACUUCAAAGAGGCAUGGCCGCUUUCCAAUGAAUCCCUCUAAUGGUUAUUGGGUCCUAUGGCGCAGCACACGACAGUUCUUCGCCUGCACCAAUCCUGAAACGACCCUGCCACUGCUGCUGGUGCCCCGGAAAAUGGGAAUAUACAUUGAUUAUGAGGAGGGACAGAUUUCUUUCUACAACGCGGAGAACAAAUCACACAUCUUCACCUUCACAGGACACUUUCGUGAGAAGCUGUACCCUUUCUUUGCCGUGAUGGAUGGCAGGUCCCUUAUAACCGUAUGGUCUCCUACUGAGCAAAGCCGCUUUUAACAAGGCAGGCUUUCAUCUUUCAUUCUGCACUUUCAUUUAAACAUUUAUAACUGGACAAAUGAUUCACUGGAGCUAAAUCUACUGUCAACUAAAAAGCAACUCCUAAUAGCUACCUUUCCAUUCAGAGGAUUCAACACCAUGGUGGGCUGGACCCACUUAAUGAGUGCUAUCAAAAUACACAACUAAUACACAGCUUCCUAUUAUUAUUUACAAUUUAAAUGCAGCCUCAACAUGAUUGCUACACCUAUGUAUCUCUUUAUCCAUUUAUAAAUUAGCUCAAUAAUUAUAUACAUAUGUCUAAGCUUGUCUACUUUCAAGUGUAUAAGUAAGUAGUAUGUGUUUUGACACAAAUAUUUAAUAAAAUUUCAUUAUUUAUCCAUGCAUAUAUUUCUCUGAGUGUUAUCUAUGUUCAUGCUGUAACCAUCAAUAAGAUAACAAUGCUAUAUUUAUUAUAGGUCUGUCUAUGUUCAUGUGUAGAUAAUGUCUAUUAAAAGGUUAAUCAUUCUGUUUUUUAUAGGUGCACUGGAUGAUUUUAUUAAUGUAUUAAUAAAGCACAAAUAUAGGUCACCAUGUGUCUCAUUAUUGUCCCCACUGCACCGCUGUAGCGAGAACACAUAAUGUAAGUCUAAUUUAAUGCUGUAUUUAGAUGACAAUUUCAGCUUUCAGUGAAAACAAACCAUUCACAAAUUAAAUUUU